UUUGCCGCGAUCGUGUUAUUAAGCUCGAUUUGACGCUCCGCUUAACAUUCGCUUUUCGUUUUCGUGACGGUGAUCGAUAAAAAUAAAACAAAGCCCCUUACUCGACCCACGAUCGAUGGAUGUGUGAAACAAGCUUUUGCGUUUCAAGCUGAGACGAACUCAACACACGUACGCCCCAAAAAAAUAACACACAAAAACAUAAUACAAAUUGGCCACGCUCGUUUUGGCUAAUUCAAUUAAAGUGCGUCGGACAAAAGAAAGUCUAUUUCGGAGCUCAAGUGAUAAUCAAUCCAUCAAGCAGCUACAAAAGCGUUUUUAUUGGGCCCUACAUAAAAAAAAAGAAAGUCGCCGCCCAAAAGCUUACACAACGAGAGCGUGUAAGUGACCUCAGUUACGGGUCACGGAUCACAGAUCCCCGCGGAACCUUUUCGGGAGCAAAGAAAGCCAUCCAUCAGCCACAAUGACGAGUGCGGCGAAAGUGAUCUUGGCCUGCUGCCUGCUGGGCGCCUUUGCAAUGCAAAUGAGCUCCUCUUCGGCCAUUCCCAUUUGGGAGUUUUUGACCCGCAACGAAAAGAUGUCACACCUGUACUCCACCUUUGCCCAGCUGGUUAGCGUUCAUUGCAAGUCGACGGUUGGAGGAGGGCUGCCGGUGAACCAAUGCAAGCACAACCUGCUUAGCUAUGGAUCCAGCAAGCUGCAGACACUCUCCGACGCCCAGCUGGAGGCCCUCGAUCCGUAUCAGCGCGAUGCCAAUGAGCUGAUAUGGUCAUCGAUAAUGAGGGACCAUCCGAGCGGAGCCAGCUUGGUGACCACCAGGCAGCCGAUCCAGCAGCAGCCAUUGCCCACACCGCCCGCCUCCUCGCUGAUCAUCCUCACCCGCCAGCAGUUGCCGCAAUCGCAGUCCAACUCGAAUCCACUCUUCGACAACAGCGGCGAGCAGAAGCAUCAGUAUGCCAUGGACAUGGACAUGGCCUACGGCUAUCCAUCGCGCCAGCCGGCAGCCAGCAGUGAAAUACUACCCAUGGCCUCCGCCUUUACGGGAGAGCCGCCAAAGACCUUCCUUACCGGGCCCCAUGUGGUUCGUGUGCGUCCGGAUGGUUCGCCCGUGGAGGAGGAUAGCCGGCGGCCACUGCCCCGCGACGAAGACCUGCCUCUGUUCCGUUUGGGCUUGGCCGCCGCCCCCCAGGCGCCCAACAGGCACCGCAAAAUCGCAACGAUCAGCGCUUUGAAGCAGCAGCACUUUGCCUCCAUCCUGCAGCGUGACCUGCAGCCUCCGCAUCAGGUGCAGCGACGUCUGUUCCGCCAGCAGCAGGCGUAAGGAUAACUCCGACCCAGGAGCCGGAAAACCUAGAUCUAAGUCUUGUGUGCUUGAGUGGAGUGAAUGAGUGUUGGGGAUCACGGCAUCCUCGAGCGAAUGUGUGCACUUUGAGCUUUAAUGGAAUUUCGUACCGUAUUCGUUUUUAAGUUUUUCUUUAAUUUUAUUUAUUCGCGUGCAUUAGCCGUAAGAUCAAAUAUAGAGAUUCUCGAGUAAUAAACCGUAUGAUGAUUAUCGUUAA